AGUUCAGUUUCGUUUUGGUUUUUGGAUACACAACAGGUCACAACUAAUAGACACUGACUUACGGUUCGGUUUACUUUUGUUGUGUAGUUUGUUGGUUGUUUGUCAGUCGGACGAGCAAAUCCACUCACAAAAUCGGUGUGGUUUGUUCUUGAUAAAAUGCUGAAGUCGUACUGAAGUGAAAAUGUUGUUGAUUUUAGCAUAGCACUUUAAUCUAUGUUGGCAACGCGACAAAACGGAAAACGGAUAGUGGUGAAGUUAAAAAAAAACAUACACACUCGAAAAGUGUAAACGAUAAUUAAGAUUUAAAACAAAAAAGUUUUAUUCUGAAGAAGAAACGAAAAAAACACAACGCAUCAAAACGGAAUACAAUAAAUAAACAUGAUGAAAGUGAAGUGGACUUUGCAGUGGCUAUUUGUCAGCAUAAUAUUAGGCUUAGAUUGUGUACAAAAACUCAGUGCAGAUGAGGGCGCGGUUAGCUAUAUACCGGCAUUAGAAUGCAAUGAUCCAUAUGGAAAGCCACAGCGAUGUAUACCCGAAUUCGUAAAUGCUGCUUAUAAUGUACAAAUGGAAGCAACAAAUACAUGCGGCGAAAGUGGACCUCAGGAAUAUUGUAUACAAACUGGAUACUCAAAUCGAAAGAGUUGUGACAAUAUUUGUAAUCAAGGCGAUCACAGGUCAACUUUCCUCACCGAUCUGCAUGAGCCACAAAAACAGACAUGGUGGCAGUCAGAGACAAUGUUGGAAGGAAUUCAAAAUCCGACACAAGUCAAUUUAACAUUGCACUUAGGGAAGUCGUUUGAUAUCACAUACAUCCGUAUUGUGUUCUAUUCACCGCGUCCCGAAUCGUUUGCUAUUUACAAACGUCAAACAAACAACGGAUCAUGGAUUCCGUAUCAAUACUAUAGUGCCACGUGCCGAGACACAUACGGUUUGCCGGACAGUUUGUCUGAGCUUCGUACAAGCAAAAAAGGUGAAGCAGAAUCACGUGCUUUCUGUACCAGCGAAUACAGUGAUAUUUCACCAUUGCGUGAUGGUAACGUUGCAUUCUCAACACUCGAAGGAAGACCCAGUGCAUACAAUUUCGAACACAGCAUCGAAUUGCAAUCAUGGGUUACAGCAACCGAUAUUCGCAUUUCGUUGGACCGUUUGAAUACGUUCGGUGACGAAGUCUUUGGUGAUCCACAAGUAUUGAAGUCAUACUUUUAUGCCAUUGCCGAUAUUGCAGUUGGUGCAAGAUGCAAAUGUAAUGGUCAUUCUGAUAAGUGUGUUGUUGGCACAGGAUUGAAUGGAGAACGAUCAUGGGUGUGCGAAUGCAAGCAUUUCACUGACGGACAAGACUGUGAAAAGUGUUUGCCAUUCUACAAUGAUGCACCAUGGGGACGAGCAACAUCGAAAAAUGUACACGAAUGCAAACCAUGUAAUUGUAACGGUUACUCGCAAAAAUGUUUCUUCGACAAGGCAUUGUACAAUCUCACCGGUCAUGGUGGACAUUGUAUUGAUUGUGCAGCAAAUCGUGAUGGUCCAAAUUGUGAACGAUGCAAAGAAAACUACUUCAUGCGAUCGGAUGGAUAUUGUAUCAAUUGUGAAUGUGAUCCAACUGGUUCUCGUUCAUUGCAAUGUAACAGCGAAGGAAAGUGUCAAUGUAAGCCAGGCGUUACUGGUGAAAAGUGUGAUCGAUGUGAGGCCAAUUAUUAUGCAUUUAGUGAACAUGGAUGUCAACCAUGCGGUUGUGAUGCACGGGGUUCAAGCGAUAAUACACCAUCAUGUGAUCCGGAUAGUGGUUAUUGUUUGUGCAAAGAAAAUGUUGAAGGACGACGGUGUCGUGAAUGUAAGCCGGGCUUUUUCAGCUUAGAUUUGGAGAAUAAAUUCGGUUGUACACCAUGCUUCUGUUACGGUCACACAUCCGAAUGUCAAAGUGCACCGGGAUAUUCGAUUGUUUCAACAACAUCAAGUUUCAACAAGCACAAAGAAAAAUGGACGGCCGUCGAUGAAUAUAACAAUCCGGUUGAUUUGAAAUAUAAUCAAUUUAGUAAUAGCAUUGGAACUACUGCAAGAGGAAAUGAGCAUAUUUAUUUCUUGGCACCAGAACGAUUUUUGGGCGAUCAACGUGCAUCAUAUAAUCGAUUAUUGAAAUUCCGUUUGCAAUUGGUCGGCCAAGUCGGACCAAAUCCAUCGCCAACCGAUGUUAUUUUAGAAGGUGCUGGCACCAAAAUUUCAUUGCCAAUAUUUGCACAGGGCCACAGUUUACCGGAUCAAGAGCAAAAAGAGUAUGCAUUCCGUUUGCAUGAAAACAACGAUUAUUCAUGGCAACCAAGUCAAUCGUCACGUGGAUUUAUUUCAAUUUUGAGUAAUUUAACAGCCAUUAAGAUUCGUGCAACAUAUUCAACACAUGGUGAAGCAUUCUUGGAUGACAUUGAAUUGCAAACGGCGAACAGAGGCACUGCCGGCAGACCAGCCACAUGGAUCGAACAAUGUACAUGCCCCGAAGGAUAUAUUGGCCAAUUCUGUGAAUCAUGCGCACCAGGAUAUCGUCAUAGUCCAGCACGCGGUGGACCAUUCAUGCCAUGCAUACCGUGCGAUUGUAAUAAACAUGCGGAUAUUUGCGAUUCAGAAACCGGCAGAUGCAUUUGUCAACACAAUACGGCUGGCGAUAAUUGUGAUCAGUGUGCAAGAGGGUACUAUGGUAACGCUUUGAAUGGCACGACAUACGAUUGCAAACGAUGCCCAUGCCCAGACAAUGGAGCUUGUAUGCAAAUGGCUGAUGAAUCGGUUAUUUGUCUUGAGUGCCCAGUUGGAUAUUUCGGAUCACGUUGUGAACUUUGCUCCGAUGGAUACUACGGUGAUCCAACUGGUCUUCUUGGUCCAGUUCAACUCUGUCAAGCAUGCGACUGUAAUGGAAAUGUUGAUCCGAACGCUGUCGGAAACUGUAAUCGUACAACUGGUGAAUGUUUGAAAUGUGUCUUCAAUACGGCUGGACCACAUUGUGAACAGUGUUUGCCGGGUCAUUUUGGAGACCCAUUAACAAUACCGCAUGGAAAAUGUGAUAAGUGUUCAUGCUAUCUACCAGGAACCGAACAAACGGAUGAUGGCAUUUCAAUUUGCGAUCAACUAACUGGAAGUUGCCGUUGUAAAUCCAAUGUCAUUGGUCGCAAUUGUAGUGAAUGUCAAAAUGGAUACUAUAAUAUUGUAUCGGGUAAUGGAUGCGAGAACUGUAAUUGCGAUCCAAUUGGAAGUUUUAACACGUCAUGCGAAAGAUCAACUGGACAAUGUUAUUGUAAACCAGGUGUUACUGGGCUUCGUUGUGAUCAAUGUGCACCAUAUCAAUAUGGGUUCUCAGUUGAUGGAUGCAAACCUUGCGAUUGUGAUGAGAGUGGAUCAAAAGGCUUCCAAUGUGAUGCCAAUGGUCAAUGUCCAUGCAAUGACAAUGUUGAAGGUAGACGAUGCGACAGAUGCAAAGAGAAUAAAUACAAUCGGCAUCAAGGAUGCUUGGACUGUCCCGAUUGUUACAAUUUGGUACGUGAUGCGGCCAACGAUCAUCGCCAUAAAUUAGCCGAUUUAAAGAAAAAUUUACAACAAAUCGCAUCGAAUCCAACGGUUAUCGAUGAUGCCGACUUUGAGGCAAAAUUGAAAACCGUCCAGGAGAAAAUCGACAUUUUGGCAGAAGAUGCUAAAUCGGGCGCUGGCGGCGGUGAUCGUACAUUGGUUGAACGUAUCGAUGAUCUACGUGAACGUUUGGACAGCGUACAAAAAUUGCUGGAUGAAUCGGAUCGAUUGAAAGAUACAACAGCACAGGAAAUUGAACUUGCCAGUCUUAAUGUAUCGGUUGCCGAAAACACCAUUACAAAUGCUCGUAAAACUUUGGAUGAAGCAACCGAAUUAUUGAACGCUGAUGGUGCUGCAGCACUGGCUAGAGCCAAAGAUCGUUUCGAUCAGUUUGGACAGCAAUCCGAUCAAAUCAGUGAAAUUUCCCGUGAGGCACGUAAUCAAGUUGAUUUAUUGGAGAAGCAAGCUGAUCAGAGCAAACAAAAUGCCGUGGAAGCAAAUGAAAAGGCAUCAAAAGCUUAUGAAUUGGCUAGAAAUGCCAUGAGCCAGCAACAACAAAUCAGUGAUGAAUUGCGAACAAAUGUUCGUGCCGAAAUCCAAGAGUCGAAGAGUGCAUUGGAAAAUGCAAUUGCCCUGUCAAAUCAUGCAUUGCAACAAGCGAACAAAGUUUAUGACGAAGCAUUGACAUUAAUUGCAAACAUCAGUGCAUUAUCGGUGCCAGACAUUAAAUUGGAAAAAUUGCGAUCGGAUGCAGCAAAGGCAAUUCAAGAGGCUGAACGAUUGCAAAGUGAAAUCGAUCGUUUGAAAAACGAGCAUGAGACUCUCCUCGAAGAGUAUGAUGAGAAUUCAGAACAUGGUAGUCUGUUGGUUCAACGAUUACUCACACAACAAGAUGACGCAAUUAAACUGUUGGAACAUUUGAGUUUCAUCAGCACCAGUGCUAAAGAAGCCGUUGCAUUGGGUGAUGGCACAUUAAAAGAGGCCAACGACACCUAUCAAACUUUGGCCGGUUUCCAAUCUCAAGUACAAAAAUCAUCCGAGAGCGCGAAAUUGGUAUUGGAAACGGUACCAGAUAUCGAAAAUCAAAUUCGUGAAGUAGACGAUGUCAUUCGUGAAGCAGAAAAUGCAUUACAAGCUGCUAGUUCAAAUGCAGAAGAAGCUCGUCAAAAUGCACACGAGGCCCAAGAAAAAUACGCUGAACAAGCAUCAAACGAUGCUGAUAUCAUUCGACGCAAGGCAAAUGAAACAAAAUCGGCCGCUCAUCAGUUGCGAGGCGAAGCCGAUCAUUUGAAUGGACGAGUUGUUGUUACCGAAAAUCGAAUUUCAAAGCUUGGCGAUGCCGUUAAAAAAGAUAACGGCUUGACUGACGAAGCCAAAGAAAAGGUCGGACAAGCCAAAUCUGAUUCAGAAGAAUCAACAGCUCAAGUGGAAAAAGCAAUGAAUGAAGUUAAAGCCAUAGUCGAUGAAUUGAAGAGCUUACGGGACAUUAAUUUGGAUGACUUGAAUACACUUGAAAAGCGAUUAAGCGCUGCUGAAGCCGAAGUGAAUCGUGCCAAUUUACACGAUCGUUUGGCCGAAUUGGAACGUGUAAAAAGCGAACAAAAUUUGUCAAUUAAAUCAUACCAAAACGAGGUGUCUCAAUUGGAAUCCGAAGUGAAUAACAUCAAACUCAUAUCGGAAGCACUACCCAAUGGUUGUUUCAAACAGCCACGCUUGGAGCCAUAGAGAACAAAAAAAAAAAAACAACAAACACAAACAAAGAGGGAAUCGCAU